UUAGACUACUAAUUGCCAGAGAAAUUGGGAUUGGAAUAUUGGAGGCUGAGGGGAGACUCGAGGCAGAACCUCAUCUUCGUUUUAGUCGUAACUCAAACUUUACAUCGGGAAAACAUUCGCGUAUUUCUAUGUGAAACAGGAAUAUGUCUUAAAGAAUAUUUCAGAGCUUAUGAAAGUGAUGUGUGAUAAUGGAAACCUCUCCAAAACAGCCAGAUGAUGCUCGGGAUUUCCUCUCCCAGUUAAUGAAUGCAGAGGAAAAAUGUUCAACUCUGGCGGAUAUAGACCCCAAUAAAAUUCGCAAUGAUCGGCAUGAGAGAAAUUUACAAACAAUGAUGGCUGCUGAUUCUGAAAUUGCUAAGAAGAUGUUUCCACAAGAUUUUUGUAAACCCAAUAGUCAGACAGAAAAAGCUGCUGUAACAAUACAGAAGUAUGCCCGAGGUUAUCUGGGAAGGAAGAAAUAUGUGGAAUUACUGUGUGAUCAAUUUGAGAAAGAUCAGUCUAUAAUGCAGCUUAAAAUCAAGGAACAGGUUGAAGAAGGAGAGCUCCUAGUAGAAAAUCAUCGUCUUGAAGUUCUGUUGGAUGAUAAUCGGACAAGAAGACGAAAUAAAUCCAGACAUUAUAUAAACGAUAUAAUAACUAUACAGCGAGCAUGGCGUUCAUAUCUAAGAAGAAAAAACAGAGAUCAUGAAGAUGACACCAAGAAGGAUAACUCCACAGAAAAAAGUAAGCGCCCUCUACUGGAGGCUGUCCUACAAACGCAUACAGAGGAGAGUGACUCCAUGUCGUCCUCUUACUCUGAGGUGUCUGUAGCCGACAGCAGACAGGACGGACCCGUGGAAAACGGGAGGACUGAAAAUAAUCAGAAUAUCGUACAACACCCUGGGGAGAGUGAGGAGGACUUUAACCGACGUCGACGUAAAGUGAAUUACCUCAGUCUGGCUCAGGAGUUUGCGGAGCUCCAGAGAACAAACUCGGACUUCGUGGCUCCUGAGAACGGUCACAUUGAAGGAGUGUCUGGUGGUGGUCAAAAUGUCUGUGAUGGAAACUCAGGUCCUGAAGGUUCUAAAAAUAAAGCACAGUCAAAUCAGGAAGUGAAAUCUAGGUCAGGUGGUCAUUCAGGGGAGACUGAGGAUUUUGAAGUGUAUAACAUGGAUAGUGGACUACCAUCUUUUGACUGGGAAGAUUUAGAACAGAAACUACAACAAGCUACACAGACCAGUAACAAACAGGCACAAAGAAAUGAUAGAGAAGAAAUCCGCAAGAAAUUAGCCAUGGAUGUUGCAGUUGAUGAUGAUUGUAACAGUCCGAAAUUUUACAAGAAACCCUCAGUAACGAAGUCUUCUAAUUCAAACCUACAAAUCUGCUUCAUGAAUGAGGAACAGGAAGUGGCCAAUCCUCCGUCUCAGCAGGAUUUUGUCUUGCCUAACCUCAAUCCUCCAAAGACCCAGAAUGGUAAAGAACAUGACAAAGAAAAGAAAAAAGAUGGAGAUUUUUUAGUUCAACAAGCCAAGCUACAGCAAGAGGUCAAAAUAGCCCUUGUACAAGCAGGAACUAUGGCCCAUAUGCAAUUAGAAGUAGAGAAACAAAUCAAAAAGAAAUCCCCUAGUGCAGAAAAGGUCAAAGUUUCAUUUCUGGAGUCAAUUCAUCAGAGCAGAGUGGGAAAGCAGGACAUGUUUGUGAUGAACUUAGGACAGCUUCAAGUCUUAGUGAACGAUCUUCACACACAGAUUGAAAAUUUAAAUGAAGAAUUAAUGAAUCUCCUUAUGGAGAGGGAUGAGUUACACAUGAGCCAGGACUCCAUGCUCGUGGAUAUAGAAGACCUUACCAGGAGAGCAGAAGAAACAGCAAAAAAGCAAUAGGCUCCUCUCCAUUGGUUAUUGAUGUCUCGUCACUGUAUGGGUAUUACUUGAGGUGUGUCCCAGAGGUUCUCCUACAGACAGUUCCAGUGUAUGAUGACAUUUAACUGCCAUGCUCUAAGGGGUCUCCUUCUUAGACAGACUUAAUCUGCUGUAAUGGUUUAAAAAGCUUGCGUUGUGAUACAUGUAUUACCAAUAUAUAAAGGUGAACUGCUUUACAGUACAGGUUAUUGUAUAAUGUACAUGUAUUUAUUAUUUUAUAUAUCAUGAAAUAUGUAAUAUGCUGGCAUGACUGAUUUUGCAGGACUGAUUUUUGUCCCCAACUUUUGCUAAAUAUUUUACAUUAAAAUAUUAAUUUGGAA